CCCUUCGGCGGUCUCAUCUAAGUCGCAGUAGCUAAAGGGAAAGUCGGGUGUUUUGGAACGCGACUUUCGUUGUCGAAGAGCAGAAGAGAAUACGAAAACCCCCAACACGAAACAGUAUCCGUUCUUCGCCAUUUUCGUUUUAUCAUCGGAGGAUGGUGACGUCAGCAAUGGCGACGCCGCUUAAUGUCUCGAUUGCUUCUCCCCGUGAAAAAUUGACAACCUCUCGGUCAUUUGCGCUGAGAAAAUUUAGUUUGAGACCUGUAAUUUCAGCUCAUUCAAGCUCAUAUGGCGAUUCUUCAUCCAUCGGGUUUUCGAGUAGACAAAGCAAAUUGCCUUUAAAGAUUGAACAAGAUGAUGUGUAUUCUAAUCCGAGUAAUGCUGUUAUAGAAGCCAAAAAGGGAAAUCCGCCAAUUAUGCCAGCAGUGAUUACUCCGGGAGGACCUCUGGAUCUUUCGACAGUAUUAUUCAGAAGCCGCAUAAUCUUCAUUGGGCAGCCAAUCAAUUCGCAGGUAGCUCAGAGAGUGAUAUCUCAACUAGUGACUUUGGCAACGAUUGAUGAAGAAUCGGACAUUUUGAUAUAUCUGAACUGCCCAGGUGGGAGUACCUACUCUGUCUUGGCAAUAUAUGACUGCAUGUCCUGGAUAAAGCCCAAGGUUGGAACGGUAUGUUUUGGAGUAGCUGCAAGCCAAGGUGCUCUUCUUCUUGCUGGUGGAGAAAAAGGAAUGCGAUAUUCCAUGCCAAAUGCUCGUAUUAUGAUACAUCAACCCCAAAGUGGGUGCGGGGGUCAUGUGGAAGAUGUAAGACGCCAAGUAAAUGAAGCGGUUCAAUCUCGUCAUAAAAUCGAUAAAAUGUAUGCUGCCUUUACUGGCCAAUCUCUUGAGAAAGUGCAACAGUACACAGAGAGAGACCGAUUCUUAUCUGUGUCUGAGGUGAUGUUUUGCUGGCUUUCUGUGUAUAUGAAAACCACUACUCUGUUUUCUUGAAAUUUUUGAAUGUUAGCUAAUGUUAGGUUUGAGACGUAGCAACCAUAAGGUGAUUCUGUCCAAUAUACAGAGUGGGUGGUUGUUGUGGAUGAACAAUUAUAAUUAGUAUAGAGAAAUCGAGCAAAAAAAAGGUAGCAGUAAAAAAGAGCUUGAUCUAUUGAUGCAAAAUGAGACUGUAUAUUUCUUAGCCAUUUCACAUACUUGAUUUUAUUGUCAGUUUAUUGUUCACUGUAGUAGCCUAACCUCUCUUACUCGUUUGCAGGCCUUGGAGUUUGGUCUUAUUGAUGGGGUUUUGGAAACAGAGUACUGAGCGUUCAAGGCUGCUAAACGAGUGCGAUUAUGUUCUGCAUUUUUGUAUUUGUGCAGCAAUGGUACAAUUGGCGAAGGCACACUUAGAUCAUGUCAGCUUUUACAUCAAUUGAAUUGUAAAACAACAAUCAGAAAUGUGACUGAAAUCUGUGGCAUUCUUACCAUGGAUUACUUAGCAUCAUCGACAUUUCCCUCAUUCGAUAAUGUAAUACAAGACAUAAUUUUUUGUUCA